ACAGAGGAUUGAUGAAUGAGUGAGUCCAGCAGCGAUAGAGAGGAGGCGACAGAGUACACGGCACUAAUGGACGGGCACAUCGCCGAAGCGCGACCUGAUAGGGAGAUUGCUGAACGGAUAGCAAGAAAAAGGAAAACUAAAUCCGAAAGCCAACGCACUUACGGCAGUGUGGAGCAAGCAGAGACCAGUGGACCAACAGCAUCUGGAAGUCGUGAAGGUGGUGGUGGCCCCAGCAUUCCACCACCUGAAGUACAGCUUGAAGAGCUUGAGUUGAAGUAUGGGGCACGCCAUGUCAUCAAGCUCUUUGUGCCCGUCACACUGUGUAUGAUUGUUGUUGUCGCAACUUUAUCCUCAGUUCAAUUCUACUCAAUUAAAGAUGUUUAUUUAGCGUACACACCAUUCCAUGAAGAGAGCCCAUCAGCAGUGACCAAAGUAUGGAAUGCUCUGGCCAACUCCAUGAUACUGCUCAGUGUGAUGGCACUGAUGACUGUGCUACUCAUUGUAUUGUAUAAAAAAAGAUGCUACAAGAUUAUACAUGGAUGGCUCAUUUUAUCAUCUCUUAUGCUGUUGUUCUUGUUCUCUUAUUUGUAUAUCGAGGAAGCACUGAGGGCGUGCAACAUUCCAAUGGAUUAUAUAACACUAGCAUUCGUAAUGUGGAAUUUUGGAGUGGUGGGCAUGAUAGUGAUCCACUGGAAAGGGCCUCUGCGGUUGCAGCAGGCAUACUUGAUCUUCAUUGCGGCACUUAUGGCGCUCGUGUUUAUCAAAUACUUGCCGGAGUGGACAACUUGGGCAGUGCUUGCUGUUAUUUCUAUUUGGGAUUUGGUGGCAGUGCUAACACCAAAAGGACCAUUAAGGAUAUUAGUAGAAACAGCGCAAGAAAGAAAUGAACCCAUAUUCCCAGCCUUAAUUUAUUCAUCAACGGUGAUGUACUGCCUGGCAGCGACGACGACGGCGGGCGCGGGCGAAGGUGAGCGGUCACGCGAGCUGCGCCCCCUCAACCCGCACGAAUCGCGCGAAGAGCCGCCGGUGGCGUCGCCGAGCGGCGACGGAGGCUUCGACGCGGCGUGGGUGGCGCGUGCGCGGGACUCGCCGCGGCGCCUGCGCGUCGUCGGCACGGCCCCCGCGCAGUACACCACGCGCGUCGACCGCCCGCCGCCGCCGCAGCAACUGCAGCAGGUUUUCGACGAAGAAAAAGGUGUAAAGUUGGGUCUGGGCGAUUUCAUAUUCUACAGCGUGCUGGUGGGCAAGGCGAGCUCGUACGGCGACUGGAACACCACUCUCGCCUGCUUCGUGGCUAUACUUAUAGGAUUGUGCCUAACCCUUCUCCUACUAGCUAUUCUGAAGAAAGCACUACCAGCCUUACCCAUCUCGAUAACCUUCGGCCUCAUCUUCUACUUCGCAACGCGCGGCGUGGUGAAGCCGUUCGCGGAGGCGCUCGCCGCCGAACAAGUUUUCAUAUAGUUAACUAUAGGUACUUAGACAAUUAUUAAAUGUUAACUGUGUUAUAGAUAUGUAUUGAAGCUGCUAAGGUGGUGUUGGUUAUAGUAUGACCGUUCAAGCUAAACCGUGUCUUUUACAGGGUUAUUUGCAAAAUACUAACAACCUCACAGGACUAUAAUAUAUUACUAACAUCAUAAACAACAACUUUUGUUCCAUGUCUUUUUACUUUUUCAGUUUUUGUUGUACAUGUUAUCUGACACUUUUUAGGUCUGUAUUUGGUAGUAAGGUAGGAAGUUCAAUUAUGCAAGAUGUUUAAAGCAUAGGUUCUCGUACUUUUUGGCUUAGCGCCCACUUAGGCAAGAUAAACAUAUUUCAACGCCCCCCAACACCAAAAAAAAAAUUUAAAAUACGUAUUUUUUAACACAAAAAAUCACUAGGAAAAGAAAUACGUCUGUAGUGUAGUCUAUAUAGAUGAGGUUUUUUUUUCAAAUGCGCUAUCACCCCCUGGACAGUAUCAACGCCUCCCAAUUGCUUCCGAGGCUCCUACCUCUCUUCCUCCUUUCUCUCUCCCCUAGGACUCUUCACCUCCUGCUGGGAAAGCAUGGUUUUAGGUGCUCAAUUUAAAUAUUCUUAUUUUUGUGUGAAAGUAAAAUCAGAUCAAUUAUUAAAAGUCACGGAACAAAAGUUGUUUACGUCACAAAUAACCCUGUAUAGAUGCGCGGAGAAGAAAGGGAUGGCUUUGAUCUGUUGAUGGUAAAUUUUUGUAACUUGUUGCUCCACUAGAUAAAAAAAUUGUCAAUCGACGACAAAAGAAAUUAAAUUGACAUUCGUGUAAUGAACUGUUUGUUAUGACUUGACAAUUAAUAACAGCGGAGUUGACGAACGACUCACCGAGCAAAGUGCAAAUAAGUUCUCUUAAUAUAUCAUCACAACCAUGCCUAAAGCCAGUUCCACACGUCAUGUCAUGUAGUGCUGUCACGGCAUUACAGAUAUCUAAAAAACCUUGAGCCACAUUGCACCGUGGGACUAAGGCGCGGACUAGCUUCACACGAUGAUACACUAAGCAGUUUAGUGUGGUAUGCUGCUUUGUCCUUAAAUACCCUCUAUCAAUUCUGGUAGGUGAAAAACUGCUCGCGCUUGCUUACAUUUAUUCUCGAUGAUAAACCUGUCGAAAAAAAUGAUUUUACCAGUUUUCCGCCUAGCCUGACCCACUGUCACGACGCGACGAAUCAAUUAAUCGAAAUUUAGUCAUAAUGAUUUUUUAAAUUUUAUUAUUUAUUAGAUACAGAAAAUAAUCUCAGUAUUGAGUACUAAAAAACCGACCUCAAAAAUCAUACAUCCCCUCGUUUUACAUCCUUAGAUGUGGAAUAUUUUCUUCAAACUCCUAGGGUACCCUCUUUUCAACAAAAAAAAGAAUCCUAAAAAUCGGUUCACGUAUUUUUAUUACACAUUCACCACGUAUUUUUAUUUAAUAAACCAGA